UUGUUUAAGGUCAUUUGAAGCGGAACUGUUGUUUGCCAUUCUUGGUUCUUAACGAACUGUAGUUAUAGUAACACGAAAAGGUGCAUCGCAAAGGCCAGCUUUUUGACAACAUAUUUUCAUUCUCAACAAAACUAGUAGAUAGACGUGAAAAUGUCUAUUUUCACACCGACUAACCAAAUCCGACUGACGAAUGUGGCGGUGGUGCGGAUGAAGAAAGCAGGCAAGCGAUUUGAAAUCGCUUGUUAUAAGAAUAAAGUUCUCAGCUGGCGCUCCGGAGCAGAGAAAGAUUUGGAUGAAGUUUUGCAGACAAAUUCUGUUUUCGUCAAUGUCUCCAAAGGCCAGGUGGCCAAAAAGGACGACUUGUGCAAAGCUUUUGGCACAGAUGACCUGACCGAAAUCUGCAAACAGAUCCUAGCCAAAGGGGAGCUCCAGGUAUCUGACAAAGAGCGGCAGAGUCAGCUGGAAUCCAUGUUCAGAGACAUUGCCACCAUCGUUGCCGACAAGUGCGUCAACCCUGACACCAAGAGGCCAUACACGGUCAGCCUGAUCGAGCGCGGCAUGAAGGACAUCCACUACUCAGUCAAGGCCAACAAGAGCACCAAGCAGCAGGCUCUGGAGGUGAUCCGGCAGCUGAAGGAAACAAUGCAGAUCCAGCGGGCUCACAUGAGGCUGCGGCUUCUGCUGCCGGGCAAAGAGGCCAAGCGGCUGAAGGAGAAGCUCAAACCGCUCCUGCAGGUCGUCGAGAGCGAAGACUUUGAGGAGAACCUGGAAAUUAUGUGUCUGGUGGAUCCCGGCUGCUACAGAGAGCUCGGCGAGCUGAUCCGCUGCGAGACCAAAGGCCGAGGCUCGGUGGAGGUCAUCAAUCUGAAGGACGUUGAGGAGGGUGAUGAGAAGCUGUAGGGAAUAUCUUCCAUCAUUUUAAAAAGAAGCUCAGCACUAAUUCAGUUUCAAUAAACACUCAUCUUCUCGUUAUGUUUCCCCUCUAUGCUAUUCGCAUACUCUUUGGGAAUCCUUGCUUGGCAGCACUUUUUCUUUUAUUUAUUUGUUUUACGGGCACAUGUAAAAUGCAAAUGCCUAUUUCACAAUGUCACUUUCUUUUCGAGCAAGAACAAGUGAAAAGCCGUUUCUCGCAAUGUCCACAGGUUAAGAAUCGGAAAUUCUUCAUUGGCCAAGUCUGUUAAAACAAAGAAGACUAUUUAACAAAUUAUACACUCAGCACAAAAACACAAUUGUACAAAUAUUCUUCAGAUAAGAUGAGACCAAGUCAAUUUUACAAGAAUUAAGUUGUGAUGUUUGGAAAGAAGUCAUACAUUCUAUGAGGAAAAAAAGGACAACGAUAAAGUGAUAUGUGAAUUUUUCGUGAGAAAUACCGGUAAACUUGAAAUGUGACAAAAAGGUCAUUUUAAGAUGAUAAAGAGGUCAUUUUAAGAGGAAAAAUAUUACAAGAAAACGUAUUAACUAAUACUAAUGCAUGAGGAGUCUGCUCUGAUGCAAAGACAUCUUUCAUAACAGCACUCUUUUUUUUUACUCAAGUUCAAGCCAAAAGUUAACGUAGUUUCUCACAAUGCCCACAAUGAAUGACAUCACAACCUCUUUCAUACAGUCUUUAGAAUCAAAUAACAUUCUGUUUGGUGAUGUUUUUUGCUUCAUGUAAGAGAUACUGGUAUGGUCUCCAGGGGGUCAACAAACGAAAUAAUGGAGGGGAAAUGGAGUUGAAUGUUCAAUAAUGAAUGUAAACUUGAGAGAAAAAUAAAUGUAUACCCAAAUUACA